UCGAAACACGCAUUGUGAACUGAAGAAGAAGAGGCGCGAGCGCAUUGGAACAGAAGAGGAAGACUUUGCGCUCUGGAAAGGAUGUCAACAAACGCAAUGAUAGACCUGGCGCUGGAUCGCGUUGACUGGAAUGCGCUGGCCGAAAACCAAGAGCAAUUACCCCGCAUUUAUACGCCCGGCGAGGUCCUAAUGCCGGAAGCGGGCUUCAUGCGCGGCCACGGCACCUUCGUCGAAGAUGAGAACAUCAAAGCAUCUGUGGCGGGCGUGAUUGAGAAGGUGAACAAAUUGAUAUCGGUGCGACCGCUCAAGAGUCGUUACGUGGGUGAGAUCGGCGAUGUAGUGGUGGCCCGUGUCCUUGAAGUGGGACAAAAACGUUGGCGUGUCGACACAAACUCGCGCCUGGAUUCGGUGCUGCUGCUCUCCUCAGUUAAUCUGCCAGGCGGUGAGCUAAGGCGACGCUCUGCGGAGGAUGAACAGAUGAUGAGACGCUAUCUGGACGAGGGAGAUUUGAUAUCCGCCGAAGUCCAGAAUGUCUUUGAGGAGAGCACAUUGUCGCUAUACACCCGCAGCUUAAAAUAUGGCAAACUAUCCCAGGGUAUACUGGUCAAAGUUUUUCCUGCGCUGGUCAAGAGACGAAAGAUGCACUUCCACAAUCUGCCAUGCGGUGCCUCAGUUAUACUGGGCAACAACGGCUACAUCUGGAUAUCGCCCACAAAGUCCGAGGAGCAGGAGGGCGGCGAGGGUGGCUUCGCCCAGAAUCUGAACGAAGUUGUGCCGCGCAACGAUCGCGAGGUCAUCGCACGCCUGCGCAACUGCAUUCUGGCGCUGGCCAAAUGCAAGCUAAUGUUGUAUGAUACGAGCAUUCAAUAUGCCUACGAAGAGUCGCUUAAAUAUGAGCCGCGCGAGCUCCUGCAGCAGCAUGUUAUCUUUGAUAUUGGCGAGCAAACGCAAGCCCGUCUCCGAGAUGUUGAUCUAAUGGACUGAUGCACAUGCCAAAAUAAAACAUAUUCUCUAA